GAGAAUGAUUACAGAUGUCCUUACCUUACCUGUUCUCGAGAGCGCGCAAAUGCGGUGCGCGUGAACGCGCAAUAGCAGUCUCCUAUCUCGUGCGCGCGCUUAAAGCAGACCCCGGUUCAAACAGAACGCACCAUCAUCAUCCUCAUCCUCAUCAUCUUCAUCACCACUAAACCUGCCAGCAUGUUUCUUCUCCACUGUGUCGUGUCUUUAGUUCUGUUGCUGUUGGCUGAGAGUGGAGUGGGCCCGAGUGAUUCCCCAGGCAGUUACUGUACCGAGUCUAAGGAGUGUCUGCAGUUUGAGUUGGUGUGCCAGACGGAGGAGUAUGAAGUACGACACUAUUCUCCCACUUGGUGGGUGUCGACUGACGCUGAAGCUUAUCUCAUGGGCGUUGGAGCAGCCAUGGCCUUCAGACGCCUCUACCAAUACAUCACCGGUACCAACCAAGCAGGUAUUCAAAUGGAGAUGACCGCUCCGGUUCUAGUUGAAGUACCAGAAGAGACUCACACAUGGGAGCCGGCGCUCUACACACUGAGCUUCCUGCUCCCUUCAGUCUUCCAACGUGAUCGUCCUCCUGCCCCGAUUAAUGACAAGGUGUACUUUACAGAGAUGCCUGAGAUGGAUGUGUAUGUGAGGAGUUAUGGUGGUUGGAUGCUCUCAGUCUCGUCUCGACUCCACACACACCUGCUGACCAAAGAGCUACAGAGAGUUAACGCUAACUACAACCACACACACCACUACGCUGUGGGCUACGACAGUCCUCUGAAACUCUUACACAGACAUAAUGAGGUGUGGUAUGUGGUGAACGGUGAGCCAGUGUGCGACGGAAUGAUGUAUAAACCCAUUCAGAACACCACUGCUACCACUGCUAAUACUGCUAAUACUGCUACUGCUACCACUGCUGCUUCUCCUGCUACCACUGACCCUACUGCCACUGAAUAACCAGGAGGCACCAGUGGACUUCUGAGAUUUCUCGUAAGCAGACUCGGUUAUCAGCACCAUCCCAAUAUUCUCACAAGAAUCUUUUCUCCAGUUAACAGGAUGAAAAAGUCUUCAGCUUCAGCUCAGUGUCUUGAUUAGCCUUUAGAAUAAUGUGUUAAUUCCAUGCACUCUUAGUGAAAAGGGUUCCUCAUGGGUUCUUAGGGUGCUUAAGACAGUUUUACUUCAAACCCUUUGCGAAAUGGAAGUCUGUGUUGGGUUCUACUGUUUAGGAUCCUCACAGUGGUGCAAAACAACAAACCCUUCAGGAUUCCAGAUGAAGCUUUCUUUUUAAUAGUGUAAAAUGUAUUCAUGUUUCCAUGUUGAGACCUCGAGUUUAUGAGGUUGUGUUUGUUUUAAUUUGCUGUAUGUUUACGCAUCAAUGUCACGACUUUCGCUGCUUCAGGAAUCAGGAUUGAUGUGAUCACAUACAGACCACGUGAUCAGUUCAGAAGGUGUAGAGAUGUUUCCAUCUGAUGUAGUUGUGAUGUAAUACCAGAGCUCUCCAUGCUGCAAUCACUAAUAAAACAAUAUCUCAUCUGCUAA